GGAAACGAUGGCGGCCCGUGCUGCUCUACCGUAUUGGCUUUAAACUGUUCCUCAAGCGUUGACAAAUUAUAUACACUCGUUUUUUUCUAUCCGCUUUUCUAAAUAAAGACCUAAAGAAGCGCACGGUGGAUUUAAUGUCGCGGCGGAAGGAUAUUCGCACUUCUCCCGGCUUUCGGCAAAACGGAGACAUUUCUUCGACACUCCAGUUGCUCUGACCACCUUAGCCGACGAGCAUUUGAAAGACUUCACAGAGGAAACCUGUCUAAACGUCAAGACGUUCACCUGAGGACUUCACGAGCACGCGCUUUUCCUCAACCGCUGCACUUUUGUACGUUUCCUCGGUUUAUUUCAGUCAUAUUAAGGCGCGUCGGGACGCCCCGGUGUGAAGUUGUGAAUGGUCGGCGGGAUCUUAUUUCCACAGGUGUGUUGUUGUACAGGUAUUGCGGUGUAAAUCACACCUCACGGACUCUGGUGUUAUGGUUGACAUGCUAAAGACCCGCCAAUGUCUGCUCGGUGUGCGCACUUUCCUCGGCGUGACGUCCAGAAUAUGGAGCUUCUUUUUAUACAUCCUCAGGAAGCACAUACGAACGAUCAUCCAGUAUCAGACAGUGCGAUAUGACGUUUUAUCAUUGUCGCCCAUUUCCAGAAACAGACUCAACAACGUGAAGCGAAAGAUCCUGGUUUUAGAUCUGGAUGAGACGUUGAUUCAUUCCCAUCACGAUGGGGUCCUCAGACCGACAGUACGGCCUGGUACACCACCAGAUUUCAUCCUCAAAGUGGUAAUAGACAAGCACCCGGUCAGAUUCUUUGUCCAUAAACGGCCGCACGUGGACUUCUUCCUGGAGGUGGUCAGUCAGUGGUAUGAGUUAGUAGUUUUCACUGCUAGUAUGGAGAUCUAUGGCUCCGCAGUAGCGGAUAAACUAGAUAACAACAAGGCAAUCCUCAAAAGAAGAUACUACAGACAGCACUGUACGCUGGAUUCAGGUAGUUAUAUUAAAGACCUGUCAGUCGUACACGAUGACUUAUCAAGUGUAGUUAUUCUCGACAACUCACCGGGAGCGUAUCGAAGUCAUCCAGAUAAUGCAAUACCUAUAAAGUCAUGGUUUAGUGACCCCAGUGACACAGCACUUCUUAACCUGCUGCCCAUGCUGGAUGCACUAAGGUUCACCGCAGACGUACGAUCCGUCCUGAGCAGAAAUCUCCACCAGCAUCGGCUCUGGUGAUCAUCCGGCCGUUUUUCAUUUGUUUCUGCUUCUCGAUCUGGCAUCCGCCUCUCCGUUAGCCCUUCGCCUCCUACAGAACAGCCUUACAGGAGGCCUAUAAAGAGGAGAGUCAAUCUGAACUCAAAAUGAGAUGCACACUUUAGGAUGCUUCGAGAAGCUUUCGUUUUGCCUAGUUUGUGUUCUCUUCAAAAUGGAGUCUCUGCCUUACAGCUCUACCUAUGCUGAUCGUGUAUGUAUGUAUGUAUGUGUGUGAGUUAUGUGUGUGUGUGUGUGUACGAGGACAUCUGCUGUCUUUCUUUUUAAAUAUUUGAGGAUGCUGGGAUAAGGAAAACAACAAACAGACCUUUUCUUGACUUGCGUCUUCAAUCCCAGCUUGGGACACCAUACCUCACUUCACAAAGUGGUGCAGAUCUGCUAAAUGCACUGGAUAAAACGAGGCCACUCGGAAGUGGACACGACACUCUGCACAUCUAAUAGAGUUGACUGGAAGAAGUGGAUUAUGACAGACCGGUAGACUUCAGGGUAAUCGGGGUAAAGCGUUGUAUAUGCUAUUAUUGAGGUACUGUGUUGGAAGACAUGGGUUUUAAUGACUUGUGUGAUUGUGAGAUUGUUUCUCCACACUCUGCAGAAAAUAAUGAUGUUUUAUUCUUUUGGCCAAUUAAUCUAUUUUAUUCUCGGCGCUAAAUGAAUUUAUCAUAAAUUAUCAGGGAGGAUGUGAAGGAGUUUGAGCUGAAGAAGCCGAAUGACAGAUUUUAAGCCUUUUCUUCUCUACAGAAUGUAUGUGGUCGAUUAUGAAAUCACUUGGACGCCUUUUUUCAAAUGUUUUUCUUUUCUGAUAAUGUAAUAAUGGUAAGACUUGAAUUUCUAAAACUUGUACUUCAUUGUAUUGAAGAGCUGACUGAGCAACAGACCACCCCCCCCCUCUCUCUCUCUCUGUUUUUUUUUUUUUUUUUUUUUUUUUUUUUUUUUUUUUUACACUCAAGGCCUUGUUGGUUUGUCUGUGCACCUGUCAGAUAAAGUCAGUUCUGUUCUCCUCCAUCUAACACUUGUUAAGUCUCAAGGCAGCUUCCUGGGACACAAGUCCAUAGACCUGUGCACGUUACUAAUAAAAACGUGUCACUAUCUGA